AUGGAUUUGCAUAUAAUCUCUAUUCUAGCCACUCGCUUUUAUGCUACGGAAGCUACCACCAACAGUCUUAAAUUUAGUUUUGCACUACCUCACCAGACUAUUUAUCAAAGUGCCGAAGUCCAACAAGUUAAUAUUGCUUCAACUUCUGGUGAUAUGGGUAUUCUUGCCAAUCAUGUUCCCUCUAUUGAACAAUUGAAACCAGGUGUAAUUGAAAUCGUCGAAAAUGCCACCACCACGAAAAAAUUCUUUGUUAGUGGUGGAUUUGCCAUCAUCAACAGUAAUUCUUCACUUGACAUAAACGCCGUGGAAGCUUUCCCUUUGGAAGAUUUCUCAGUUGAG